GUUGGCAACAAGUCACUCCUGUGAUAUAUGUGUUGAUUUCGAAGGUUUUCUCCAUACUCGUAAAUUUCGAACAUUUUUGAGAAGUUCAGAUUCGUUGAUACGUAUAAUUACGAAAAACGUGUAUGGUCGUUGAUUACUGAGUAAUGAUGAUUUGGAGAGUCCUUCUCUCUUUGCUGGUUGCUUUUAUCCAAGUUUUAGCUAUAGCUGCACUCACGAAUACCAACGAUUUUACUUCGUUAAAGGCGUUGAAAGAUACAUGGGGUAAUUACCCACCAAAUUGGAUCGGGUCCGAUCCUUGUGGCGAUGUUUGGGAUGGGAUUACCUGCAAGAACGACCGUGUUGUGUCCAUCACAUUAGCGAGUAUCGACUUGAGCGGUCAACUAUCGUCGGACAUUGCAGGAUUAACCGAGUUGCAGACACUGGACCUGUCAUAUAACAAACGUAUGACCGGACCUCUUCCUCCACAAAUCGGAAACGUGAACAAAUUAUCGAGCUUAAUACUCGUCGGUUGCGGAUUUUUCGGCCCCAUACCAGGCUCGAUAGGUUCCCUACAACAGCUCAGAUACUUGUCGCUUAACUCGAACAACUUCAUUGGUUCAAUACCACCUUCCAUCGGUAAUUUGACAAAUCUUUAUUGGCUAGAUUUAGCCGAUAAUAAGCUUACCGGAACAAUCCCUGUCUCUGAUGGAACCUCACCUGGUCUCGAUAUGCUCGUCAAUACAAAGCACUUCCAUUUCGGAAAGAAUCAGUUGUCCGGUGUAAUACCGCCCCAGCUGUUUCACUCAAAUUUGACUCUUAUACAUUUGCUUUUGGAAAACAAUCAGCUAACGGGAAGAAUCCCUUCUACAAUAGGGCUUGUAGAUAAACUUGAAGUUGUGCGGCUCGAUAGGAACCUACUGAGUGGACCAGUUCCCCCGAACCUCAACAACCUCGUUUCUGUCCAGGAGCUGUAUUUGUCAAAUAAUGCGCUGACCGGCUCCUUGCCGAACCUCACCGGCAUGAAUUUGCUCAACUAUGUGGACAUGAGCAAUAAUUCAUUCGAUGCAACGGAUAUUCCACCAUGGUUUUCAUCUUUGAUGAGCUUGACUUCACUAAUAAUGGAAAACACAGGAAUUCAAGGGCCGAUUCCCGUUUCUCUGUUUAGCCUUUUCCAGUUGCAAACUGUCACAUUGAAGAACAAUCGGAUCAACGGUACCUUAAACAUCGGCUCCACCUACAGUAACCAACUACAGAUCAUCGAUUUACAAAACAAUUUCAUCGAGGCCUUCACUCAACGAGCUGGUUUUAGUGUUCAAAUCAUACUUGUAGGAAACCCGAUAUGCAACGAAGGAGGAACCGAGAGUUACUGUAGCCUUCCUCAACCGUCUUCGAAUUCAUACUCGACGCCACCACAAAACUGCGUACCGUCCACUUGCUCUUCGGAAACCGUUUCAUCCCCGACUUGUAAAUGCGCUUACCCCUACUCAGGAACACUGGUUUUCCGGGCCCCAUCGUUUUCCAACUUCAGAAACGCAACCAUUUUCGCUUCUCUCGAAAGCAAAUUGAUGGUCACAUUUAGGUCCAACAGCCUCCCUGUAGACUCUGUUUCUUUAAGUAAUCCGACACGAAACACGGAUAAUUACCUGUCGCUUGAUCUGCAAGUCUUUCCAUCGGGCCUAGAUUUCUUCAACCGCACAGCGAUCACCGGGAUUGGAUUUACGCUGAGCAAUCAAACGUUCAAGCCUCCGCCUGAAUUCGGACCCUUCGUUUUCGAAGGCCGUAGCUAUCCACACUUUCAAGUGAUGGGUUCGAACAAGUCGUCAAACACGGGAGUUAUCAUCGGAGCGGCGGUCGGUGGUACUGUACUCUUCUUGUUGUUGGUUCUUGCAGGAGUUUACGCUAUUCGCCAGAGGAGACGAGCCGAUACAGCCGAUAGAAUGAACGAUCCUUUCGCAUUGUGGGACACGAAUACGACAAGCGGAUCAGUUCCGCAGCUGAAAGGAGUCAAAGCUUUCAAGUUCGAAGAACUUAAACGAAUCACUAAUAACUUUUCGGAAACCAAUGGGAUCGGGAGUGGCGGCUACGGAAGGGUAUAUAGAGGAACCCUUGCGAACGGACAAUUGGUUGCAAUUAAACGAGCCGUGCAAGGAUCUAUGCAGGGCGGUCUCGAGUUCAAAACCGAGAUCGAACUCCUCUCUAGGGUUCAUCACAAGAAUGUCGUCAGCCUCGUCGGUUUUUGUUUCGAUCACGGCGAACAAAUGCUCGUCUACGAGUUCAUUGCAAAUGGCACACUGAGCGAUAGUAUUUCAGGAAAAACGGGGAUCAGAUUAGAUUGGAUGAGGCGGCUUCGAAUUGCACACGGAGCAGCCAAAGGGUUACAAUAUCUGCAUGACGAGGCAGACCCUCCGAUCAUACACAGGGAUAUCAAAUCGAACAAUAUCUUAUUAGACGAACGCCUUACUGCCAAAGUAGCCGAUUUCGGCCUCUCUAAGCUUAUGGGUGAUUCCGAAAGGGGCCACGUCACUACUCAAGUUAAAGGCACAAUGGGAUAUUUGGAUCCGGAAUAUUACAUGACACAGCAACUGACGGAAAAGAGCGAUGUGUACAGCUUCGGGAUAUUGCUGCUCGAACUUUUGACAGCAAGGCUUCCGAUCGAAAACGGUAAGCAUAUUGUGAGAGAAGUGAGAUCCGUGAUGGAUACGUCGAAGAAUAUGUAUAACCUACAAGGGAUUCUAGACCCCGCGGUAGCUUCCGGAAUGUCGGCCAAGAGCGUCGAGAUGUUUGUGGAUUUGGCUUUGAGGUGCGUUCAAGAACUAGGGUCGAACCGGCCUUCGAUGAGUGAGGUGGUUAAGGAGAUUGAGAAUACGAUGGAGAUCGCGGGGAUCAACCCUAAUGCUGAGUCAGCACCGACUUCAUCGACUUACGAAGAUGCGAAUAAAGAUGGUAAGCAUCCUUAUAGUAAUGAGAACAUGUUUGCUUACAGUGGUGCUUAUCCUGCUGAUUCUAAAGGUUUCGAACCAAAGUAAAUGAUCUUUU